AUGAGCAAAGGGGGUCGCCGCUCCCCCGGCACGUGCAGCGAGGACACGGAGCUGUGCGGGGCGGCCAAGGGCGAGGGCCUGGCCUCGGGUCGGGGCAAUCCCAAACACAAACCUCCUGACACAUGGGCCCUGGGGACCGGCAGCAGGAGCGUGCCGCAGCCAGCAGCCGGCGCAGGACUGACCUCCUUCAAGGAGAGGAUGAGGCUCUGCAGCAUCCUUCACGCCUUCCGAAUCCGCACGGAGCUCGGCACUCUGGGAUUUGAAUGUACCCUUGAAGAGGUUGAUCUUGAAGAUAUCACUAGGAAUCAAAUCAACACCAUAAAAGCUUGCACAGCUGAAGAUCCAGGGAUUGGAAACUGUCCAGCACUGGAAGGAUCUACUUUUGAUACGAGAAAAUGCCUGCAGGGCAUCUAUGAGGAUCUGAAUGCCUACAGGGCAGAGCUGAAGAACUUCAAUGAUCCAAAGGUGCUGGCAUCUAUUGAUGAAAUGAUGAAAGCCCUGGGGACCGGCAGCAGGAGCGUGCCGCAGCCAGCAGCCGGCGCAGGACUGACCUCCUUCAAGGAGAGGAUGAGGCUCUGCAGCAUCCUUCACGCCUUCCGAAUCCGCACGGUCACCAUCAACAGGAUGAUGAACUACCUGACCUCUCCGGAGAGCUCCCUGUAA